AUGAAGUUCCUCACGGGACUGUUUGUGCUGGGUAUGUCCUUCUGGACAGCCCAGGCUUAUGAGAUCGGACUGAGCAACAAAGAGGGCUAUCAAGAAUACUGUACUGGCAUGUACAGCAAGUCUUCAUGGGGCGGACCCGUUGACCCAUUCAUUCUCGUCAAGUUCCUCAACAGCAGCGAUUCGGGCGUUAAAGACCCAGCUGCCAGUCUUGUGAUAUUCGAGUGGAAGGACAGAAACCUCGUAGGCAUUCCGGACCCCGAGGUUCCCGGUAACCGACUCGGCGUCUGCGGAGACGAUUUCGUUAAGCAAGGUUACUGCAACAAAACCGACAUUGGAAAGUUCAUAUUGCACCCAGAUGUCGACAAAAAAUCUACCAGCGUCGUCCUCACCAAGGCGGUCCAUCUCAACAAAGCUGCCCCCAUCAACUACUCCAUUAAGAAGACUGGCUACUAUUGUGUUCUUACGGACGUCGUCAACACCAAGAACUACGAGCUUGUGGUCGAAUACCGCAAUGCUUAUGGCGAACUCGAGGCUACUCAAAUACCCAAAUUGCCGUUCUACGGCGGCAUGAGUAUCUUGUAUGCGCUCCUCGCUGCGUAUUGGGGGUUUCUGUACUACCAGCACAGACACGAUAUCUUGGCCGUGCAGAACUACAUUACAGCAAUCCUGAUCUUCUUGGUAGUCGAAAUGCUCAUUACUUGGGGCUUUUAUGAACAUCAAAAUCGCCACGGCUCCAAUAUCGGCUCCAAGGUUUUCCUCACUAUUGUAGGAAUUCUCAACGCUGGCCGAAACUCGUUCUCGUUCUUUCUGCUGCUUAUCGUCUGUAUGGGUUAUGGUGUGGUCAAGCACACCCUGGGUAAGACCAUGAUCAGAGUGCGAUGGCUUGCAGCAGCCCACUUUCUAUUUGGCCUCGUCUACUCGCUCACUUUCCUGUCCAUUACUCCCGAGACGGCUGGUCCAUUUGUGCUGUUAAUUGUUCUUCCUUUGGCAGGUACCUUGACUGCAUUCUAUGUCUGGACCCUUAACUCCCUCAAUUGGACCCUCAAGGAUCUCCGGGAGCGGAAGCAGCAUGCCAAGGAAGCUAUGUAUCGAAAGCUUUGGUGGGCUAUUCUUAUCAGUGUCAUGGUUAUUUUCGGCUUUUUCUUCUUCAACAGUUUUACAUUUGCCUCUGCCAGCGACCCCGAUUUCGUUCCAUUUCAUUGGAAGACACGAUGGUUCAUUCUUGAUGGCUGGCUGAACGUUGUAUACUUUGCUGACGUAGCAUGGAUCGCGUAUCUCUGGCGCCCUACCUCCAACAACCGCCGCUUCGCCAUGAGUGACGAGAUCGCCCAAGAUGACGAUGGGAACUUUGACCUUGGCGAUAUUGGUGUCCCGGGCGAAGAUUCAGAUGAUGAAGAGGCCGAUAUCGCCAAGCCUCAGAACAACUCACACAACGCCAACGGUCUGUCUUUUCCGAGCGCAUCUCAGAGCGCCCCUCAGCAGUCAAGGAACACUCGCACUGCACCUCGUGAAUCUCUAGAAAACGAGACCAUUUUUGCCGUUGGGGAGGAUGGAGACAAGUUCUCAGACGAUGAUGACAGUGACGAAGAAGAUGCGAAACUUGUAAAAUCGAAGUAA